AAUAAUUGGCGGUAAUGUUGGUAAUUGACAAGGAGAUUUUGGUACAUUAACGUUGGAAGUUUCUGCAUUGCAGAGAUCCAUACUACGUGUUAAAUAGUCGCGUAAAAAUCAUUGUCAGGGAGAGAUAGUACACAAAUAUAGCAAAAAUGAUGAAGAUGCGAGCGAUAAGAUGUCCUACGGACGAGCUCAGUUUAAGGAAUUGUGCUGCGAUUAGUCCUGUUGACUUUCCAAAAGAUGUCAAAUAUAUCGAGGUAACGACAUUGCCUAAUCAAAACUAUGUAUUUACCGUCGAGACACACAACGACGUGCCUCGUGGAUGUGUGGGAUUUAGUUUACCGCAAAGAAAGUGGGCGGCACUUUCUGUAGACCAGGAAAUAGACGUACGUCCAUAUCAGUUCGACGCAUCAUCAAGUUCUAACUUCUUAGGUACUAUUGUAUUGGAAGCUGAUUUUCUGCAGAAGACAAAAACAACAACGGAGCCGUAUGACACCGAUUUAAUGGUCAAGGAUUUUCUUUUCAAAUUUUCCGGACAUGCAUUCACAGUGGGACAGCAAUUGGCGUUUCAGUUUGGCGAUAAAAAAAUGCUUGGGCUGGUGGUUAAAGAUCUUGAGGCACUUGACGUGACUGCUAUUGAGCAAGGACAAAAAUCAAAGCCCAAAAAAACUAGAAUGGGUCGUUGUCUUGGUGACACGGUGGUUCAGUUUGAGAAAGCAGAUAAUUCGAGUUUAAAUUUGAUUGGAAAAGCUAAAGGCAAAGUAGUAAGACAGUCAAUCAUCAAUCCAGACUGGGACUUUGCAAAAAUGGGAAUCGGCGGUCUUGAUAAGGAGUUCAGCGCUAUUUUCCGACGAGCUUUUGCCUCGAGAGUGUUCCCUACUGACAUUAUGACCCAGCUGGGUUGCAGACACGUAAAGGGAAUUCUGCUUUAUGGGCCACCUGGUACGGGAAAAACACUCAUGGCUCGUCAGAUCGGUACUAUGUUGAACGCCAGAGAGCCCAAGAUCGUCAAUGGUCCGCAGAUUCUUGACAAAUAUGUAGGAGAGAGUGAAGCCAACAUCAGAAGGCUGUUUGCUGAAGCAGAGGAAGAGGAGAAGAAGCUUGGGCCAAAUAGUGGGCUUCAUAUUAUUAUUUUUGAUGAAAUUGAUGCAAUCUGUAAAUCUCGUGGUAGUGUAGCAGGUAACACUGGGGUUCAUGAUACUGUUGUAAAUCAGCUGCUGUCAAAGAUUGACGGUGUGGAACAACUCAACAAUAUUCUCGUUAUUGGUAUGACCAACCGAAGAGACAUGAUUGAUGAAGCUUUGCUACGUCCAGGUCGGCUUGAGUUGCAAAUGGAGAUCAGUUUACCAGAUGAAACUGGGAGAUUUCAGAUUUUAAAUAUUCAUACAUCACGAAUGCGUGAGCACAAUAAAAUUGCUCCGGAUGUUGACCUGAAAGAGCUGGCAAUGCGCACCAAAAACUUCAGUGGUGCUGAGUUAGAGGGUUUGGUAAGAGCAGCACAGAGUACAGCUAUGAAUAAACUGAUAAAAGUCUCCAGUAAAGUAGAGCUGGACCCUUCGGCAAUGGAGAAGCUGAUGGUUUCAAGAGCAGACUUCCUACAUGCGCUUGAGAACGACGUCAAACCGGCAUUCGGUACAGCCGCUGAAGUACUGGAUCACUUGCUAGCUCGUGGAAUCAUUAACUGGGGUCGUCCUGUCGCUGAAAUAAUUGCUGACGGUAAUUUGGAUAUUCAGAAGACCCGGGCUUCUGAAGGGUUUGGUUUGGUUUCGGUUCUACUGGAAGGACCACCUAAUAGCGGAAAGACUGCACUGGCUGCUCAAAUUGCCAAAAAUUCCGACUUUCCAUUCGUCAAAGUUUGCACUCCAGAUGACAUGGUUGGACACACUGAGACUGCCAAGUGUCUCACGAUACGUAAAUUCUUUGACGAUGCUUACCGUUCUCAACUCAGCUGUAUAUUGGUCGACAAUAUUGAACGUCUGUUAGAUUACGGGUCAAUUGGACCUAGGUACUCUAAUCUGACCCUUCAAGCGUUGUUGGUUUUGUUGAAAAAACAACCACCUCGUGGGAAAAAAUUACUUGUACUUUGUACUACCAGUGACAGACAAGUACUAGAUGACAUGAAAUUGAUUUCUGCAUUUAAUACCGUUCUUCAUGUGCCGAAUUUAUCAACACCCGAUCAUUUAUUAGCAGUAUUAGAAGACCAGGAUGUAUUUACUAAGCAAGAACUUUCGAUGUUACACGCUAAGCUUCAAGGAAAACGUGUGUUCAUCGGUAUCAAAAAAUUAUUGGGACUUAUAGACAUGGCCCGACAAGUAGAUCCAAGCUACCGAAUACCUAAAUUCCUGUCGAAACUCGAAGAGGAAGGUGGUCUUGAGUAAAAUAUCAGCAAAUAAGCCUGUACAAUUAAUUGUAAUUAUAAUUAUUUAUUUAGCUAAUAUCCUAUAGUCAAUUCGCUGGAUUUUUAGAAUAUUUAAUAUACUAAGAUCUUUUAAUUCAGCACAAUUGGAUAUAAAAAAAGUUACCGCUGGUUCGCGUCUAAAUACCAGAGUAUUGAUAUGAUAAGCGUCGACUGGUCACAACUGAAGUGAUAAUUUAAAUGGAGGAUUGUGUUUUAUUUAACUAAAACACAGAAAUAAAUAAUAAUAAAAUUCAAGUGGGAUAGUCAGUCACGUGACUGAAAUAAAUAAAAUCAAUAUAUUAGUAUCUUGAACGCAUUUCUGACUUCUUAAAUGCACUAAUAAAUUAAUUAGGAUUCAUUCCAAGACGCAUUACAAACGUGUCUAAUUAUUUUAUUACAAUAUAUCGAUGACGUUUACCUGGUAGUAUUUAAACAAGUUUAUGCACUUUGAAAUUAAACAAAAAUAAAUAUAUAAAUAAAAAUAUAUUUAAUUAUACUAUAUAUAUACACGCUAUAUAUUGAUUGAUAAUAAGUUAAUGAUAAACGUUGAAUUUAUUGUAAUAAUUAUAAACUGUUUUUCAAUAAAAUUAAAAAUAGUUGAGUUAAAAAUACUUUAAAAAAAGUGCAAUAGUUUCAACCAGAUAGAUUUAAUUGCAUUAAUUGUCUUUUAAUUAAUUGAAAAUGACAAUUGUACUGCCGUUUUAUCAGAGCAGUGUCAGGAAAUUACAUUCUUUUUUGCCGGUCAAAAAAUAAGUAAAUAAAUAGUAACUUUUUGUUCAUAACAUUGAUAAAUAUUUUUAUUGCGCUUGUUAAUAUAAAUUAUUUGUAAUUUAGUUAAAAAUACAAAACAAAAUAAUGUAAUUUAUAAAGCAAUAAUUAUCAGGCUUCGAUAAGACAAAACUAAAAGUUCACUGAUGUAUUAAUUUAUGAUCCAAAUGGAUUAUUGUGAGGCUUAAGUACUUGUGAGGCUUGAUCGAUUGGUUGUAAUUGAAAUAUCGGUAGUCUUUUGCAUAUUAUCAAUUAUUCAGUAUAUUUUUGAAUCGUAAUUUUUUUUUAAGUGUAUACUUAUGUUUUUUCGUCAUUCCAGCCACUGGGCCUAAUACUUUUUUUUACAGAUUUCUUAUGUACAAGAUAUAUUUAUUUUGUUUUACUUUAAUCGAUCAUUUUGUUUAGAGGUUUUUUUAUGUACCGAAUUUUUAUUUUUCAACUAUGUUUUUAAUAUUAAUAACUAUUCUAUUGUUAAAUAGUUGAUGUUUUAUUGUUAAAUGUCAAUUAUUUAUCGUGUGAUUUUAAAAUUAUUAAGAAACUUACUACAGAUCUCAGUCAAGAUAUUUCGCUAGUAUUGUUAUUAUAAAUGUUGAUUCAUUGUAUUUAGAGCUAUCUGUAUAAAAAAUAAAGUAAAAAUUUCUGCGUCAUUAAAA